GGCCGUGUAUUGCUGGCCGUGCUUUUUAUGCCGAGAGCAAAUUCAGUUUGGCCAAUUCAGCUGCAAACACGUGCACCGAAGCACGGCCGUGUUCCACCAAAGCACGGCCGUGUCCAACGCGAAGCACGGCCGUGUUUAACCCACUUGCGGGCCGUGUAAUUAAGCCCUGGCCGAGACACGGGCGGGGUCAGGCAAAGCACGGCCGUGCCCUCGACCGUGCUUUGGCCACUGAUGCUUUUAAGCAGAUUUUCAGCCACAAUUCAAGGGGAUUCGAGUUUUUGAGAGAAAGAACGACUUCUAGAGAGAGAAAGUGACGAGCAAGAGUUCCCAAGUGCCCUAGAUUGAUCUUCAACACCAUUGGAGGCCAGUUUGAGCUUGGAGAAGUGCCAAUCAACGUCCAGAAGCAGGAAUCCAUCCUUCGCAGUAUGAAUUCCGUGUCUGAUUCUGCUUUUGCUUUCUUCUCAAUGGAGUAGUUCUCCCAUUCAUCUGGUAUGGAGAACCCUAGAUUUGUAUGUUAGGCUUUGAUUGUAUGAACCCAAGUGCUGAUUCUGUGAUUGAUUAUAUUCGAUUGAGGUUUUAAUGAUUGAAUGACUUGAAUCCUGAUCAAAUUCCUGUUGUUUCUGCUUUAACCUAGAAUGAGAAUAUCUGCCUAGGUAAAUAGAGUAUCCUUGAUUGAAGGUAGGGAGUUGGUGACUUUAGUCGAGGAACCAACUCACUAUUCUGUACCGGAUUUACUCCGGUAGUGGAGGUUUUGUUUGUUAAGGCCUCAAUCUGUCUACUCCGGUGGAGGUUAGUCGCCCGCUAGAGAUUCAGAUUGAGAGGGUCUGAAGACCUUUAGUCGAGACUUCAGGCUGUUUAAGAAUCUUCCGCAGUAUAACUUUCAUAGAAACUGAACUUGGUAAUUACAAUCCGGCUUAACUGCAGUCUAGGGGGAACCAUAUCCGGGUGACCUCUUUAACCUGAAUACAACAGUUUACUUGCUUUGUUUGUUUGGUAGUUUAGACUUGCAUGCCAGUUUCAUUGCUAGAUAACAAGAAUUCACUGAGUAGUCAUCAGAUCUAGGACCCGGGUUGACAUAUAAACCUAACCCGCUAUACUACACUUUAGGAAGUGGUUUCACUUGGCCAAUUCCUGGAGUGACAGUAGAGUUGAGUCAUCUAGCCAACUAAAGUAAGUGAUUGUUGUUUAAACUAAAAGCAGAAAUAAAGCAGGAAUUGAUACGGUUUUCUUAAGAAGGAAAGAGUCACUCGGGAAUGAAUCCCCCUAGCUCCUUAGUUAGGUUUCAAUUGUAUUUCCCUGGGUUGAUUUACUGUUGAUUAGACUGCGGAAGAUCCGACAGUAGCUUGGAAUCUCUUAAGCUGACCAAGCCCUCUCAGUCUGACUGCCCGGCAGACGACUAGUCUUCACCGAGAUAGAAAGCUGAAGUAGUAAGAACAGAACUCCACUACUGGAAUUGGAUUCCAGUACAAAGCAGUAAACUGGCUAACUCUCGUAUAGCCAAUCUCCUACUACCGAAUGAUGAGACUCUAGCAACCUAAUCAGAUUCUAUCUAUCUCAGAUUGCAGCAGGAAUCAGGAAAAGUUGAUCAGACUUCAAUUGACUCAAUAAACAUGCAUCAUUCGAUUAAAAUCAAACAGUAAUAUCAUCCCAAGUCAUUACAAUCAAUCCCCUAACACAUAGAACUAGGGUUCUUCAUCCCCAAGUGAGAGAGGGGUUCUACUCCAUAGAGAGAGAGAGGAAAACAAGAUACAAAGUAGUCAUACUCAUAAAGAUGAGGAAAAUCUGCUCUGGGAUGAUGAUUUCCACUCCUAUGACGAUCUCCAAGCUUGAUUUGAUGAAACCCAGCUCCAAGAUGGCUUCUAGGGUGUGUUCUUCGUCCUUUCUCUCUCUAGAACUCUGUUUUUGCUCAAAAAGUCCGAUCCCCUCUCUUGCAGCCCGGAAUUGGGUUAAAACCAGGAAAUCCCGACUCACACGGGCAAGGCCACACGGCCGUGUGGCAUACCCAGUUGCCCGUGUGAGUCAAAACGCUGCGUUGCACUUAGUUCGAUCUUUAGGCUUCUCACACGGCCAGAGUGGCACGGCCGUGUUUGAUUUCCAUCUGCCCGUGUCUGCUCUCGGCAAAAGUCACACGGCCAGACCACUUCUUAACACGGCCGUGUGAGUUGUCCGGGCAGGCCGUGUUUGCUCUCGGCAAAACUCGCACGGCCAGAAAUAUGAGUUGCACGGCCGUGUUAUUUGUGGCUGUGCCCGUGUGGCCUCCUUUGUGACUUGCCUCGCGCCCGAUCUUCGUCCAAUCGACCCCAAACUCGCUCCCGAGUCUCUAUUCACUUACUAGGACCUGAAAUAUCACAAACAAGCACAACCUAACGUGAAAUCGGCCUAAAACGCGAGAAAUCACAUCUCAAACGGUGUAAGAACAGGGGUAAAAACAUGUGUAAUUAACGGUCUAUCAGUCACUAAGACGCUGAACAGGAGUUGUUGCCCAUGAACCUAUGCAAGUGAAGCGGUGCGUUUCGACGCCAACCUUGAGUUCACAAACGCGUUCAAGAGUUCACGGUCGUGAACAGAGCCCGAUCCCUGUUUAAAAGGAGAGCCGAAAGGAAGAUAUUAGGGAGAGCCCAAGAGUGAGAAAAUGUCUUCUUCAGAUUUUAGAGAGAGAAAGAACGAACCAAUGAAGGAAGAAGGCUAAGGUUUGCUCCAAGUGGUGAAUUGGGAAGAUUCUCCCUAAGAGAAGUUCAGCACAGGCUCAAAGAAGAUUGGAAGCAUCUCCAUAAUGGUUUCUACCUCUUCCUCUUGUGUUUCUCCCCUUUCUAGCAUGGAGUAGUUUAUUUUUUCACUUGGGUGUUGUGAAACCCUAACUAUCAACCAUGUAGUUUUUGUUAUGUGAAUUGAAUGAUUGUUUAUGAGUGUUGUUUAAUUCAAUGAUUGAGGUAUUUUUCAUGUUGAUUGUGCAUGUUUGUGCUUAGAAAUCUAAUUUGCCAUUUUAACCUAGAUUAGAGAGGGAAGACCCCCUUUCAAGGGGGGCCCAAUUGAGUUGGGAUUCCUAGGGCUUUCUAAGCCACCUAUCUAGGUUAAUGUAGGGAAAAACUCUAGGUUGAAUUAAGCAAUUUGGUUAAGAGCGAUUAAGUCGACCAAUCAUUGGGUUGAGUGAGGGAGUAAGUCAACCAUCAAUUUCCUUAACCGAGAGUGCCUCUUGAAUGGCCAGUAGGGGUACACGGACAGGCCCGACCCGAGUCGAUAUUUAAACAUACUUGCCCUGUAUUGCACCCGACUAAGGUUUAUACUUAGCUUGGACCUUAGGCGGGAAUUAAUUGUGAUAUUCGGA